CAGUGCCUGCUGUCAGAGUGCAGCUUGAAGCAUGGUCCAAGCCAUGUAAAUCCACUUUCUGGAAGAAGAACUGCACGGAUGACCUAUGGCUGCCUACAAAACUCAAGUCCUGCCACUUUGAGAGCUUAUUCACAGGGGUGUUUCUCGGAAAACCUGAAACGAGGAAGAAACUUUCUGGUAUGGCUAAUGUGAUCCUAAUAUUCUUCUGUGAUAUAGUUUAUCUGGGCAACCAAUUGGUCCAUGGUGAGAAAUGUGUUGUGUCGCAACAAACGUGGGAUAAUUUACUCUUAAAUCAAUCACAGUUUUAGACGAAGUUGUCUGAAAUCUUUUAUUUUAUCUCUGAAAAAUACAUUUCUCCCUGGCUGUUUGGAUUGGAUUUCCUCUUGGAAUUCAUUACAAAGACUCUGCCCUGCUGAUCUGAAAAGCUUUUUUAAAAAAGUAUAUAUUUGGAAAUCGAAGCUCUAACAGAUAAAUCCGUUACUAUGAAUGAGGGGGAGGCCGAGAUUUCUAAGGAGAAAGACUGGAAAGAUCUGGAGCCCAACUAUGCCAUUAAAAUCUUCCUCACCGUCCUGUACAGCCUCAUCCUGCUCACAGGCAUUGUGGGUAAUGGAGUCACCAUCCAGGUGAUGCAGGUGCUGCAGCAUAAUGGCUACAUGCAGAAGUACGUGACGGACCACCUGGUGAGCCUGGCGUGCUCCGACCUUCUGGUCCUCCUCAUAGGCAUGCCCGUGGAGCUCUACAGCGCCACAUGGUUCCCCUUCACCUCCACCUCGGGUGACGCUUCCUGCAAGAUCUACAAUUUCCUGUUCGAAGCCUGCAGUUAUGCCACCAUCUUGAAUGUGGCGACACUCAGCUUUGAACGCUACAUGGCCAUUUGCCACCCAUUCCGCUUUAAGGCCCUGGCAGGAGAGCGAACAGGGGGCCUCAUUGCUCUCGCCUGGGUCACGUCUGUGUUCGUGGCUAUCCCGCUGCUGUUCACCACGGGAAUGGAGGGCCACGUCAUAGAGCCAAACGUUGGGCCAGUCCAGAACCUGACAUUCUGCACCAACCUGAGGGAGAGGUGGGGGGUGUACAGGGCCAGUAUCUUUGUGGCGUUCAUCGUGUACAUGGUGGUGCUGGUCAGCGUUGGGGUCAUGUGUCGGGGCAUGAUCCUGGUCCUUCAGAAAACCAUGAGGCCCAUGGGAGGAGGGGUCAACGGAGCAGAGGGCACACCAAAACACGAGAGUGCCCGGGUCAAAGCCGCCAAGAAGCAAACCAUACUUUUUCUAGGUUUAAUAGUGGGCUCCCUCGCCGUCUGCUGGCUUCCCAACCAGGUGCGUCGCCUGAUGACCGCCGCCGUGCCCAAGUCCAGCUGGACCAUGCCCUACUUCCGCAGCUAUGUGGCGCUGCACCCUGUGGCCGACACCUUCUUUUACCUCAGCUCCGUGCUCAACCCCUUCCUGUACAACCUCUCCUCCAGCCAAUUCCAACAGGUCUUUGUCCAGGUGCUGCGCUGCCACCUCACCAUUGAGCAUGUCAACAAACGGACUCUGAGGAGCUCAGAGGAAAACUCGACCCGCUCGUUGCGGCCCCUGCUAAAGUCGCUGCGUUGUGGUCAUGGCGGCAGGUCUACUCAGACUCAGAGCAUGGAGUUCAAGAUGCCUACGUUCACUACCUUACAUAUUCCUAAGGACACUCCAGCUCCCAGCCCUGAGGAGGCCCUUCCCACAACCGAUGAAUCACUCUCGAUUUCGGUGCGAAAGGGAAAUGAGCCUGAUGAGACUGAAAUAUAAGGGGACGCAUUCGGUGCUUUGAAGAUGAUUCAAAUCCGAACGAGAUGAUCCGAUCACUAUCUGAUUGAGAUGUGUUGCUUCGACACAUGGUAAUAACAUUUAGUCCGUAUUGUGACCAGAUUCCCUGGUUCCCUCCCUGUAUGCAAAUUAAUCCAACCUGCCAAUAUGACACAAACUGUACAAAUCGACAAAACAGCGCAUUUUUACAGUCAAUAGUUUUAUACUCUCAUCAUUACAGCCUAAUUUUGUUAUCCACAGUUCAAGACAGAGGGCAAACCACGUCAUUUCAACGUGGAUAAUUGGGUAAUAUUUGGUUGAGACGUUGAUCAAUGAGAUUGCAACCUUUAUUCAUCCACUCCAAAGACAGUCAAAAGUUAGUUGAAUUUCCAGUGUGUUAUCACUAUGCUUUCAACCAUCUGCAAUCGGGUUCAUGUUAUCAAUCAACCAACCAGAGUUCCAAAGCCUGGGCCUAAAAUUGUGUAUAAAUUAUCAUUUUGCAAUGACAUCGAAGAUGUGAAAAAUAUUUGUUCGUCUGAUGAGUGUAAUGAGGAACAUCCUGAAUUUGCACUUGAAGCAUUUAUGAAACUACGUCUUCCAGUUAAUGAUAGGCGCCCAUCAAGAAACACUGUUAGAACUGAUAAAUCCCCAUGGCUAGAUGAUUCAAUGAAAAACUGUAUGUCUGAGGGGGAUGAGGCAAAGGGAAUAGCAAAUAAGUCUGACAACACAGCAGACUGGCAAACAUACAAUAAAUUGAGAAAUCACAUAACUAAACCGAAAGACGAAUAAACUAUACUAUGGAACAAAGAUAAAUGAUGUAAAGAAUGAUAGUAAAAAGCUCUGGAGAACUUAAAAUGAAAUUCUAGGCAAAAUAGCAA